GAUAACACAAAAUUAUUAUAAUACUGCUCUAGGUACUAUAGUAUAUAAUACCCAACACAAAUGCUGUACGGAAUACACUGUGAUGGCAGUUUAGCGACUAUACCAUAAUUAUAAACAAAACCGUUUAAACUUUCUUGCAUGCGACUAAUUAACCUUAUUAACGUUGAACAUCAUAAUAUUCACAAGAAUGAGCGGAAAUUUAAAGCUGUGUUUAUUUGCUGCUGCAAUUUGGGUAUUUCUGGCCCUAUCCGGCGCCGAGGGAAGACGAAUUGAAAUUGUGAAUCGCUGUCGAGAAACUAUUUGGAUCGGCUCCCAAGGCAACCCGUUGCCCUUUGGAGGUGGCUUUGAACUGGGUGCCGGACAAACCAGCGUGCAAAAUAUUGCCGGGAAUACAAACGCCGGUCGUAUAUGGGCGCGCACCGGAUGUCAAUGGAACAACGGGCGCUUCGUCUGCCAGACCGGUGACUGCGGCGCUCCACCUAAUAACUUCGGAGUACAGUGCGGCGGCAUCGGCGGACAACCACCAGCAUCGCUGGCCGAGUUCACCUUUCAAGAAGGCCACAACCAGAAUGAUUUCUACGAUCUCAGCAACGUCGACGGCUACAAUAUUGGCAUCAAAAUGGAACCGAUCGGUCGCAGUGCCGACGCCAACGAUCAGUACCGAUGCGGCGCUCCGUCAUGCACAAUGGACAUGUCGGCCUGUCCGGAAGAGCUGAAGAUGACCAAAGGCGGGUUCACUGUAUGCGCAUCCAUUUGUGCGGCUGUGCAUAAUAAUGAGCAGCGAGCGCGAUUCCAAAAACUACGACAGCUUUACGACAAUCCGGAUACACGAGCGCAGGUGUGCUGCGCGUGUUUGUGCCCGCCGAAUACUGGGGAAUGCAACUGCAGAAAUCCUAACAGCAAAUACUGCUGUUCGCCGUACAAUUUGCCGUCUCCGCUGGAAAAUGGAGGAAAAUGCCGUGUGGAAGACUGGCCGCGUGCGAGCAAUGGCAAGGAGUACCACCGCGUCUUCAAGGAUGUGUGUCCGCAAGCGUACAGCUGGCAGUUCGAUGACCACAAGAGCACAUAUCAGUGCGCCCAACCAGAUUACCGCAUCACCUUUUGCCCAUAAUUGUGGUGCGCUCCAUAUUUAUAAUUGAGAUAGACCUUCAAUCAGAAUACUGGAAUACGCUUCGUGAAUGGAUUUGCAGGCAGUUCUCAACUGAUUAAUGUGAAUAGUUUUCAAAUAUUAUAAAAUACCUACUCUAGUACUAGUAUUUAAGACUCAUAAUUUCUUAUUUUGCUGAUCAUUAUUUCUCUCACUAUCUCUGCAGCCUGUAAGGUAACACUUCCAUUGUUUUCCUCGAUAUUUAGAUAUCCCUGAUCGAAAUAAACGAUCUACGAAAUUA